AUGCCUGCAUCAUGCGUUGUACCCGAUUGUGAUUUAAAAUACACCCAUAACGACGAUGUAUCCUUCCACAAAUUCCCACUAAGGUCCCCGGAACUUCUCAAACAGUGGAUACACUUCACCGGACGCGAUGAGAACUGGCACCCGACGAAAUGGAGCGCUCUUUGUAGUCGACACUUUCUGCCUGCCGAUUUCAAGGGAUGUGCCUCUAGGAAGAUACUACUUCCAACGGCUGUUCCUUCCGUACGUCCUGCCGCUACAAAGUGCCAAUCGAACGAUCUAUCCCUGCCCGUGAUAUCGUACGAAACGGUAUGGCCCGGAGUUGCCGGAUUUCCAGCCGUUCAACGCCAAGAGUUCGAUUACGAGCAGGAGAAUGACCCUCCGAAUGACUCACUCUGCCCGGUGCUAAGUUCCGAAGGCGUAGAAGAGCUAGAAGCCGAUAUUCAACUGAUUGACAUUACCUGCCGGAUCUGUGGAGUAAUUUUUAGCCGUGCCGCCGAUAGCCUGCUGUUCGAUCUCGUACAAUCAGAAGAGGUGGUAAGAAAGUAUCUUCCUUUUGUCAAUCUGGAGCUAUCGAAUUUACCGCGCAAAAUUUGUCUAAACUGUUCGAAAGUGGUGAGUGGAUUUUCCAAGUUUAGUGACAGCGUGCUGCGAGCGCAGUCUGAUUUGGAGCAUCGAUUUGCCCAGCAACCCUUGACACCAUUCGUUCCGGAGAGUCCUUUCCCGGCAGCAAGUGUUGGAAAACCGGUAAACAUAAAGCAGGAACCUAUUGCGAGCUUAAAUAUAAAGGAGGAAAAGGUUGAAAAUGCGAUCAACAGUGCAGCGGCAAGGCAGAAGGAUUCUACGCCAGCAGAAGAAUCGAUCGAAAGGCCGAUGAUUAUUAAGAACCAAGCGGUUUUGGGUGAUCCCAAUAGGAUCUUUCUCUUCAACAACCUGGGGCAAGAGAAUGCAGGCACCUCCCUAGCGAAGCAACAAACGCGAGAAUCGUCAAAAAAUUGCGAAAUCCUUGAGAUUGUUAACCUUUACCCACCGAUCGUGGAUAUAACGAGCACCACUGUAACAGAAGUACAACCGUACGAAAUUACACUCCCAUCGGUUACCACAGCAACACCGUCAGAUGCCUUCUCUAGUCAUCCAUCAUCAUCCAGCGCCUACUCGACACACUUUGUUAGCAGCCUGAAAGUGGAAAACACGACGGAACUAGACACGGAACAAGACGACUAUUAUCUGCCGGAAAAGUUUCUCUUUAUCAACACACUGGAGGAACAUAGCUAUACGAAACUACCGAUUCAAGCGGACGAUAAUAAGGACGAGAUUUUUCACGACAUCACGGCGGUCGGAAGUGGACAAUGGUUCGUUUCGGCGGAAAGUAUUUCAACACCCCAAAAACAUGAACCUAUUAUGCCCCCGAGGGAAGCGACCCAGCGGUGGUCUUGUAAGGUUUGCGGACGACAGUUUACACGCCACCGAAGAAUGUUGUACCAUCGGACAUGGGAAUGUUCCGGCCGUAAGAAACUGUCCACCUUAAGCUGUACAUUUUGUCACCGUAAGUUCAGCACGUGGGGAAAAGCACGUGUUCACUUGUGUAUGUGUUCGAAAAAAACCGCCAAAAGAAAACGAUUCAAAUGGAAAUCGGUUCUAGCAAGAGCGAAUCUUCGUCGGACGGUUGUAGAUGGGGAAAGUGAUCGUGGCGAAGGUUUAGUUGAGAAGAAUGCUUGCCCGUUGUGUGACCGAUCGUACGCUAAUGCGUCAAACCUUCGGCGCCAUCUUUCUACCCAUCGACCACCGGAACAGUGGAACCACAAGUGUGGUGUGUGCUUCAGAAUUUUCGAUAAAUUGUUUGAUCUCAAGAAACAUCUGCAGAUUGCAUCCUGCGGGAACGGUGCUCAUAAUGCUGGCCCUGUUCACAAUUCUGAACCGUCACCCGAAAAAGAAGAACUCCCGACAGAGUGUGAUAUUAUUAAGCCGGACGAUGGUCCCUCGACGGCAGCCACAACGACCGCAAAUCAGCUACUUUACGUCUGUCCAACGUGCAACAAAAUAUUCCAAUCGUACAGUGGCCUAAAGGUACACGAACCGAUCCACACCGGUGCGAAGGCUUACAUUUGUGAAAAGUGUGGCAAAUGUUUCUCGGGACCCUCGCACCUUUGGCAACAUCAGCUUACCCACUCGGAGCUACGCCAGUACAACUGCGAACAGUGUCCGAAGGUGUUCAAACGGAAGUGUGGUCUCAGCCAGCACGUGCGUGCUAUCCACAUGAAGAUAAAACCGUUCCAGUGCCCUACCUGUGGUCAUGGGUACGCCCUGAAGGCUGAUAUGACGCGAUGUAGACACUCGCGGUUGAAUGAUCCAAGUGCGGCGUUCGUUUCGGCAUGCUAGUCAAGG